AUGGCGGAAUCAAAGACGAAAUUUGCAGAAAUCAGAGAAUGGAUCGUCGAACACAAGCUUCGUACCGUCGGUUGUUUAUGGCUUAGUGGUAUCUCUGGCUCAAUCGCUUACAACUGGUCAAAACCUGGCAUGAAAACCAGUGUCAGAAUCAUCCACGCUAGGUUGCAUGCUCAGGCGCUGACAUUGGCCGCUCUGGCUGGAGCAGCUGCAGUGGAGUACUAUGAUCACAAAACUGGAACCACUGAUCGCUACCCGAAAUUUCUGAAGCCUGAUAACUUAUCUCAAAAUAAGGACUAA